UGACGUGAAAGGCUUCUGAGAUACAGCAUAGAAUGGCAAGACUCCCCAAAUUCCCGCCAUGACCCUUUCCUCCACCUGUCCUGCACGAUAAAACCCAGCCACUCUCAUAUCGCAAAUUCGACCAUGGCUGCAGUGAGAACAGUGGAACCCAGCCUGAGAAGCCAUCACCAUUCUUCCUCGCACUCAUCUCGUAGCGGUCCUGCGAGAACGGCUCAAGAUGUCAUCGAUCGGGUCAAUGCCGCCGAAAUACGAUCUCUUCGUCCCCGAUCACACGCUGGAUCCCUUGUUCUCGCGCCGAAAGACCUUCGCACUGUAGAAGAUAUCAAUGCAGAAAUUGCUGCUCUGGAAGCAGAGGCAAGAGCGCGAAAUUAUGAGCGGAAAGCACAUGAGGAGCGAGACUUGGCAUUGAACAUCCACGAACGGUCAAGAUCUGUUGGAUAUGAUGAGAUUAUUGAGGAGACGCGAGUAUAUCGUGUACCGCGAGAUGAGGUGGUCUUGUUCGAGCGCAAUCGAAGUCUGCCGCCACGAGAUGGAUAUGUCGUGUAUGAGAGGAGAAGGUCACCGCCGAGGAAUGUCGUGCGAGUUGCGAAAGAUGGAAAGGGAAGAAUGGCGCUUGUGAGAAGUUCGCGAUGAGCGACAAUCGUUUCGACUCAUGAUUUUGCUCAAUGUUGUUGUUGUCGACAUCCUCUGGCAUGCGUCCUCGGCUAAAGUGACGGACAAGGUCUGGCGACUCGGUCGUCAGACGAGAGCGGACGGUCUUCACCUUCGUUCCAACACGACGCAAGACCAGUGCAGUGACGGAGGGAGGUGGCGAGAAGGAGUAAGUGGGAAGGGCAAGCAUGAGUGCAACGAACGAAAUGCAAGACCAAUCAUUUGCAGGCGUACGACUACGAAUCCAGACACCUUCACAGCUCUACAAUGACUUCAUACACCAUGUAUCGCGUUUGGCCAGCCUGUCACUAGCAGCUGACAGAGAGUGAGAGUGCUCGCUCGAGUUGUCAGUAGCCAAAUGUUAGGUGGUGUAUGCUGAGACGCGCAUGAAGAGCCAGCUCAAUUGGUUGAGACAGUGUGGCGCGGAAGAAGUGGGCCAAAAUCAAGUAGCCGAUUAAUUUAGACCUUGGCCUCCUUCGGCGUUCGACCAUGGAUAUAUUCGACUUGACUGC